AAGGCGAGGAGGGUGUCAGCGCUCUCCUCCUCCCCACCCCCCCAUCCCCUCCCCCGCCGCCCCUGGCACCUCUCCCAUCCCGCCCCCGGAAGGAACCGGGACCAGGCGGCUGCUUCUGUGGCUUUGCUCGCCGUUUGCACUCCUUCUGGAUCUGGCGCAGGCCUCGAUGCCUUCUUCAUUUACCUGGAAAUAGGAGUUGGAACACAGCACCUUCCCCUUCCUCCCGGCCCUGCCUCCUUCUGCAGAGCGGAGCUCAAUAGAACUUUGUUGUUCUGCCUUUUACUCUGCGGGGAGAGAAGCAGACGAUGAGGAGAAAAUAAUGAAUGUCAAAGGAAAAGUGAUUCUGUCAAUGCUGGUUGUCUCGACUGUAAUUGUUGUGUUUUGGGAAUAUAUCAACAGCCCCGAAGGCUCUUUCUUGUGGAUAUAUCACUCAAAAAACCCAGAGGUGGGUGAUAGCAGCACGCAGAAGGGCUGGUGGUUUCCAAGCUGGUUUAACAAUAGGACCCACAGUUACCCAGAAGAGGAAGCCGUAGACAAGGGAGAUGAACAAAGAAAGGAAAACAGCGAAGAACUUCAGCUGUCAGACUGGUUUAAUCCACAGAAACGUCCCGAUGUUGUGACGGUGACCGAAUGGAAGGCGCCGGUCGUGUGGGAAGGCACUUACAACAAAGCCAUCUUAGAAAGUUAUUACGCCAGACAGAAAAUUACCGUGGGUCUAACGGUCUUUGCUGUCGGAAGAUACAUUGAGCAUUACUUGGAGGAGUUCUUAAUAUCUGCUAAUAGGUACUUCAUGGUUGGCCACAAAGUCAUAUUUUACAUCAUGGUGGACGAUGUCUCCAAGAUGCCCUUGAUAGAGCUGGGUCCUCUGCGUUCCUUCAAAGUGUUUGAGAUCAAGCCUGAGAAGAGGUGGCAGGACAUCAGCAUGAUGCGCAUGAAGAUCAUCGGGGAGCACAUUGUGGCCCACAUCCAGCAUGAGGUGGACUUCCUCUUCUGCAUGGACGUGGACCAGGUCUUCCAAGAUAGCUUUGGAGUGGAGACCCUGGGCCAGUCGGUGGCUCAGCUACAGGCCUGGUGGUACAAGGCAGAUCCUGACGAGUUUACCUAUGAGAGGCGGAAGGAAUCCGCAGCAUACAUUCCAUUCGGUGAGGGAGAUUUUUAUUACCACGCUGCCAUUUUUGGAGGAACGCCCACUCAGGUCCUAAACAUCACCCAGGAGUGCUUCAAGGGAAUUCUCCAGGACAAGAAAAAUGACAUAGAAGCCGAGUGGCAUGAUGAAAGCCACCUAAAUAAGUAUUUCCUUCUCAACAAACCCACUAAAAUUUUAUCCCCAGAAUAUUGUUGGGAUUAUCAUAUAGGCUUGCCUUCAGAUAUUAAGAUUGUCAAGAUAUCUUGGCAGACGAAAGAGUAUAAUUUGGUUAGAAAUAAUAUCUGAUUUUAAAUUGUGCCGGUAGGUUUCUGAAUUUGAGAGAGUAGUAUUCUGGCUACUUCCUCAGAAAAGUAACACUUAAUUUUAACUUUUAAACAAUACUAACAAAACGCCAACUUCUCUUCUUCCUGGUAACUUUGAACCUUGCAUUAUGGGAGGAUGAAACCUACAGGAAUCAGAUGUAAAUUCCCAGUGAUUUCUGAUCUCUUCUGGGUUUGGGGGAAAUACUAUCAACUGGACCAAACGCUCACCAAAAAAUUGACACAGGCAAAGAAAAAGCCAGAAACACUCUACAUGUGCCAGAUAAUGUACUGGAGAAAAGGGUGCUAAGGGAAGUGUUUGGCAGCAAGAUACGAUUGUGGGGGGAGGGGGUCAUCCCCUUGACUUCAGUGCCUCUGCUGAGUCCCAAGCAUCAUCGAGUUGCUUGGCGACAGAAGAACUCUGAGUAAGGGCACGGUCCACCCUGGCAAUCCUCACAUGGUUUCACUGGCAGACUGCUUCAGGCCAUUUGCCACCCAUGUUCUUUUCCCAUCGGGAAAAUGUUUGGCUCCCGUGCAGAAUCUUCCUGGUGGAGAUUCCCAAGGGAGAUCAUGGUGGCGCGUGUUUGGAGUCACGGGGAAUCUGAAUGAGCCAGUGGUUGCUCAGCAUGGAGUGAAAACAGACUCAGAGUUGAGUUUGCCAUGGAAAAGCAAAGAGAGUGGAAAAAGAGGAGGCUGAUAUCUGUGGGCCACCUGGGAGGGGCCCAGGGCACGGGGCUGGUCCUUAAACACAGCAUGGAUCCGGGCGCUGAGUGGGGGGCAGGGUGGGUAGUCUCUGGCUUCCUCAGACCCACGACGACCAGCACUGCGGGGACUUGAGUGGAGGAUGUUUCUUGUUUUGCCCAAGGCGCAUUCAGUCCUCCAGACUCCGGUCUUCAGUUCCUUGGCCGGAGAAGUGGAUGGUGUCAGAGAAGGCAACGGCCCGCAGUGGACUGAAGAGGCUUGCAAGGAGUUACAUUUCCCAAACCCGGGCUUCAUGACAAUAAGUCAUCAACAUGCCCUGCUGCCACCUGCUCUAACCCUCAGGGUCCCCGCAGCCCUUCACGCCCCAACCUGGAGGGCCAUCAAGGAGUUUGGAAAGCCCCCGGGUCAAGUAACUUUUCGUUUUCCCCUGUCCUGUCUGCACUACUGAAGUGUGACAACCAGAUACGUUUAAUAAAAUGGCUAAUUGAUUUUAUAUCGAAAGCAGAGGGGAUGGCGGUGAGAGACCCAGUCCUCAUGAAUGAACAGCUUAACAUACAAUUCCCUUCUCUAAGAGAAGCUAUGGAAUCCUACGCAUUACUUCAAGUUGAGCAAUUCGAUGUACAGGAGUUAGGAGGCAGCAUUUACAUAUGCAGGUGUAUUUAUAGUUUGCUCGUGUUCCAGUUUUGGUCAUUUGUUUCCACUUUUAAGUGAUUUAUUCGAAGAGCCACCGCACUUGGUGUUCAGCACAAUGGGCUUAUUUGAUACAGUGAAACCUACAUUUUUUUUCUACCAUGUCACUGUGCCUCCUACUCUUCAAUCCGUGCCAGAAAAUCUCACAACCCAGCAAAAUGAAGCAAAACCAACAACGACAACAACAACAAAAAUUCUGAAGAAAUGGGCUUUGUAAAAGAAAACGGAGACUGCAUGUCAGGACGCUGCCUCUCCAGAACUGACCUUUCCUGGGAUCCAUCCAUUCUGGAGUAGAGACAGUUAAGCAUUUAAAUCCUAAACCAAAGAAAUGAUCUCUCUUAAAAGAUUAGGGAAGAGGGUUGAUGUUUACUUUUGAGGGAAUCUGGAUAUUUUUUUUACUCAUUUAAAUUUAAAUCCCCAAACAAACUCCAGAUCUCAUUGAUAGUUAUUCUUAAACAUUAAAAAAAAAUAAAAUUCACAAUUCACAAUUGAAUAAAUUAUUUUCUCAAUAGA